AUGGUGGGCAAGGUGUUCAAACAAGUCCUCGGCCGCAACCUGCAGGCUUAUGUCGACGACAUGAUUGUGAAGAGCACCGAAGCCAACCUGCAUACGGACGACCUAGCUGAGGUAUUUUCAAUUAUGCAGCGUUGCAAUUUGCAACUGAACCCCAAUAUGUGCACUUUUGGGGUCCACCGGGGGAAGUUCUUGGGGUACAUGGUUUCCAAGAAGGGCAUAGAGCCCAACCCCGACAAAGUUAAAGAUAUCCUGGACAUGGAGCCCCCAAGGUGUCUUCGGGAAGUCCAGCGCCUUAAUGGGCGACUAGCAGCCCUCGGUCGUUUCCUAUCGAGGUCGCCCGAAAGAUCUCUACCGUUUUUUGGAGCCGCGGUCAGCUCCGUGCUGGUCUGGGACGAUGACGGGGUCCAACGACCCGUGUACUACACGAGCCGAGCUUUACGGGGGGCGGAAAUCAGAUACACGCCCGUCGAGAAGGCCCUCUUCGCGGUAGACAUCACCACAAAGAAGGUCGGCUACUACUUUCAGGCCCACCCCGUCCACGUCCUCACCAACCAGUCCCUAGAUGCGGUGCUGAGGACCUCGGGGUCGACCAGCAGGUUGGUCAAGUGGGCCAUGCGGCUGAGCCAGUACGACAUCCAAUUUCGAACCCGUCCAGUCAUCAAGAGGCAGACACUAGCUGACUUCAUAGUCGAGUGCACCGCCCGGGAGGCCACCGAGCAGGUCCGAGACGAAGACGAGGAGUGGUGGACCCUUUCCAUAGACGGAGCUUCGGGACCAAAAUGCUGCGGGGGAGGGGUCGUCCUCAUCACACCCGAGGGGUUCAGAGCCUACUAUGCCCUCCGUUUCGCCUUCAAGCUGUCCAACAACGAAGUCGAGUACGAAGCGCUCCUCGGAGGGCUCCGGCUAGAGCUAAACAUGACGGUCGAGAAACUCAGGAUCCGGUGUGACUCUAGGCUAGUGGUGGGCCAGGUCACGGGAGAGUUCGAGGCAAGUGACAAGAGAAUGAGGAGGUACCAGGAUGUAGUGCUCCAGCUCUUGGGCCAACUAAUAAACUAUGAAGUCCUACAGGUACCUCGGGAUCAAAACACGGAUGCCGACAUGUUGUCCAAGCUCAGCCAAGGGGCCCCGGAGCACAUCUCUAAAAUUUCUCGAGUUGAAGAUUUUGAAAGGUCAAGUCUGGAGUCCUACCCAGUCCUACCUAUACAAGGCCGACCUCCCUGUUGGUUGGAUUAUCUUAAGGAGUACAAGCAAAAAGGUACGCUACCUCCUGAUGAGGUCGACGCCAAGCUAGUGAAGUGGCGUGCCCCCAUAUAUGUCAUCAUGGGGGACACGCUCUAUAAGAGGUCGUACAACGGUGCCCUGCUCCGCUGCUUGUACCCGGACGAAGCCAGGUCGGUCAUGGAAGAAAUCCACAAAAGGACCUGCUCCGCCCACCAAGGCGCCUUCACGAUGGCCUGCCGAGCCAUCUUGCAGGGGUACUUUUGGCCGAGAAUGGCCAAAGAGUGCGCCAACUACGCCAGAAGCUACGAGACAUGCCAGCACUUUCAGGUCGGCCCCGCCCGACCCGCCACGAACUACACCCCGAUAAGCUCGGUCAUCCGCUUCUCCAGGUGGGGAGUGGAUAUAGUCGGAGCUCUACCUAUGGGGUCGGGCAAAAGAAAGUACCUCAUAGUGGCUGUCGAUUACUUUACCAAAUGGGUAGAGGCGAAGCCGCUGGCAAGCAUCACAAGUGCUCGUUGCAAACAGUUUGUCUACCGAGACAUUUUGUGA